GAAAGCUGAUACUGUCUGUCACAGCUUGGAGCCAAAAUGGCGAACAUUGCACUUCCGUUAAUGGUCAAGGGGCGCGCGCAGGCUCCCUGUACACGAUCCGCCAAGCCGGCAAGAUGGCAACGUCAGUGGAAGAUGAGUUUGAAGACGCACCAGACGUGGAGCCGCUGGAACCAACUCUGAAGAAUGUAAUCGAGCAAAAAUCACUAAAGUGGAUAUUUGUUGGAGGGAAAGGAGGCGUGGGUAAAACAACGUGUAGCUGUAGUCUAGCUGUACAGUUGGCCUCUGUAAGAGAGAGUGUACUCAUCAUCUCCACAGAUCCUGCUCACAACAUCUCUGAUGCCUUUGACCAAAAGUUUUCCAAGGUGCCAACGAAGGUUAAAGGUUAUGACAAUCUUUUUGCAAUGGAGAUAGACCCCAGCCUGGGUGUUGCAGAGCUCCCUGACGAGUUCUUUGAGGAAGACAACAUGCUUAGUAUGGGAAAGAAGAUGAUGCAAGAGGCAAUGAGUGCAUUCCCGGGAAUUGAUGAAGCAAUGAGCUACGCGGAGGUCAUGAGGUUGGUGAAGGGCAUGAAUUUCUCUGUGGUGGUAUUUGACACUGCCCCUACUGGGCACACAUUGCGCCUUCUCAACUUCCCCACUAUUGUGGAAAGGGGGCUGGGCAGGCUGAUGCAAAUUAAAAACCAGAUCAGUCCAUUUAUAUCCCAGAUGUGUAACAUGCUGGGUCUAGGUGAUAUGAAUGCAGACCAACUUGCCUCCAAGCUGGAAGAGACACUACCUGUUAUCCGGUCAGUUAGUGAACAAUUUAAGGAUCCGGAGCAGACCACAUUUAUCUGUGUGUGCAUUGCAGAGUUUCUGUCACUUUAUGAGACGGAGCGGCUCAUCCAGGAACUGGCCAAGUGCAAGAUUGACACACACAACAUUAUUGUAAAUCAGCUGGUGUUCCCAGAUCCAGACAGGCCUUGCAAGAUGUGUGAAGCAAGGCACAAAAUUCAAUCCAAAUACCUUGACCAGAUGGAGGAUCUCUAUGAAGAUUUCCAUAUUGUCAAACUUCCUCUUCUUCCUCAUGAGGUGCGGGGGGCAGAUAAGGUGAACACAUUCUCCAAACAACUCCUGGAGCCCUACAAGCCCCCCAACAACUGACCGUCUGUAGGAAGUUGAACUGGUGUCCAGUGCAGGGAUUUGAAUCACACCAAUGUCCAUUCCCCUGCCUUUUUGUCUGUAUAGCUGCUUUGUCACCCAUGGUAUCCUAUUUAUUUUUUAUGGACAUGCCUGCUCCUUCUCAUUCUUUAAUUAUUGUCAUCUUGGCUGUUUAUUGUACAGUUGUACAAAGUGAUGAUAAGCGGAUUUUUGCCACUUUCUUUGAAAUUAAAAAAAGAUUUGAGCACA